AUGCCGCCAACUUCAUUUUGUUAUGUCGACUGGUCGUCCAUCAGAGAACUACUACCUUCUGAACCGUCUUCGUAUUCUGUCAGCCAGUUCGAUUCAGAAUCCGAGGACGCCUUAUACCCCAGGAGUAGAUUCUCGUAUACCUCGAACGCCCGUCACAGCUCUAGCCUCGCAAAAAAAACUCAGCCAGAUCUUAUUUCCUAUGGUGAUGUCGGCUCGGUACCAUCUGCUGUGGCGAUGGCUGGAAAUCCUCCGAAUCAGGGCACACCGGCUCCCGAUCCACCUCAACCUCCUCCAACUCGGCCACCUCCUUCUCAACCUCCUCGAAUUCCUGAUCAAAGGCCACCACAAGGCUCUCGAGACCAGCCUGAUAGUAGGCGCAACCUCCGACCAGCAUCACGUCCGGGUAGUUCUCGUGCCUUUGCUGAGAAUUCUCACCGGUUCAACUAG